AUGUGGGGCUGGGCCGCCGAUCGCCACUGGUGGUGCAGUUUCGUCACCGGAAAACUCCAAAAACGCCCCGAUCGGAGCUCGCUCCUCCUCCUCCCCACCCACGGGCGUCAUGGAGACGCCGCCGGCUCCUUCUACUCCCCCUUCUCCGCCGCCAUCCGGGUGCUCGCGUCCUGGCUCGACCGCCGCCGGUGGAGGUACCUUGUCCUGGUCCUCUGCAGCCCGCUCCUCGUCCCGCUGGUCCUCGCCGCGUGCCCAUUCGUGUGCGCCGCCGAGAUCUGGCGCAUCGCGCGGCGGAAGCGGCGGAGGCGGGCGGAAGAGUGCGGUGGGGACGGCGGAGGAGACGAGGUGGGGCUGCUGCAGAGGUACCUGGAGGAUCAGCUGAUGCUGGUCUUCGGAUCGGUUUGUGUUUGCGGGGACGAUGAUCGGAGCGUGGAGGAUGAGGGGGAUGGGGAUGGGAUCGAUGUGAAAUAUCUCGAUAGUGCGAGGCCUCUUCUGCAAUAA